CCGGCGCUUUACGGCUGCCUCUCCCAGACUAGAGCCCCGGAUCGCCCACCGCCGUCGGCCGGCCGUGUCUCUGAGAGAGUCGGCCCUGCGGAGAACUCGAGGCCCGGCGCGUCGCUGCCCUCUCUGCCUCGCCCGUCUCGGCCCGCGGCGAUGUGAGCUCGAGGAGGCAGCGGUGCCCCUGGCCCGGGGUUGAGACGGGCGGCAGGUGCCUGUGAGGCGGGCGGGUGCCGGGGCCCGCAGGAUGGAGGAGAGCAUGGAAGAGGAAGAGGGGGGCAGCUACGAGGCGAUGAUGGACGACCAGAACCACAACAACUGGGAGGCCGCGGUGGACGGCUUCCGGCAGCCCCCGCCACCCCCGCCGCCGCCGUCGAUGCCAGCCCCUGCCCGAGAGCCUCCGGGGGGUCAGCUGCUGGCGGUGCCCGCCGUCCCUGUGGACAGGAAAGGCCCCAAGGAGGGGCUCCCGAUGGGGCCGCCGCCGCCGCCGGAGGCCAAUGGGGUGAUCAUGAUGCUGAAGAGCUGCGACGCGGCCGCCGCCGUGGCCAAGGCGGCCCCUGCCCCCACUGCCAGCUCCACCAUCAACAUCAACACCUCCACCUCCAAGUUCUUAAUGAAUGUUAUAACUAUUGAAGAUUAUAAGAGCACAUACUGGCCAAAAUUGGAUGGUGCCAUAGAUCAACUUUUAACCCAGAGUCCUGGUGACUAUAUCCCCAUAUCCUAUGAACAGAUAUACAGUUGUGUGUAUAAAUGUGUAUGCCAGCAGCACUCGGAACAGAUGUAUAGUGAUCUGAUUAAAAAGAUAACUAAUCACUUAGAGAGAGUCUCAAAGGAGCUGCAGGGCAGCCCUCCAGAUCUCUAUAUUGAAAGAUUUAAUAUAGCUCUUGGACAAUAUAUGGGAGCAUUGCAGAGCAUUGUGCCUCUUUUCAUAUAUAUGAAUAAGUUUUACAUCGAAACCAAGCUUAACAGAGACUUAAAAGAUGACCUUAUAAAGCUGUUUACGGAACAUGUUGCAGAAAAGCACAUUUACAGCCUAAUGCCUUUACUUUUAGAAGCCCAGUCAACACCAUUUCAGGUCACACCUUCAACUAUGGCAAACAUCGUGAAAGGCCUCUAUACUCUCCGACCAGAGUGGGUUCAGAUGGCUCCAACUCUAUUUUCUAAAUUUAUUCCAAACAUUCUCCCUCCGGCGGUGGAGUCUGAACUUUCUGAAUAUGCUGCUCAAGAUCAGAAACUUCAGAGAGAACUUAUUCAGAAUGGCUUUACGAGAGGUGACCAGUCCCGGAAGAGAGCUGGGGAUGAGUUGGCCUAUAACAGCUCAUCAGCAUGUGCAAGUUCCAGGGGGUACAGAUAGUGAAUGUAUUGAAUGUACUUUCCUUCCUAAAAAGAGGACACACUGGAGCUGCAGAGACUGUAUUCAGAGCACAGUGGGGGCCUGCAGACACUCAGGAGCUCUGUCACAAAGCUGGUCUUGGAAGAGGAUGUUGGACUUCUUACUUUGGUUUGUAAUUUUAAAAAACAAACUAACAAAAAACAAAAACUUAAAAACUGUUGCUGCUAGACUUGGGGGUGAUUUUGAAAUGGGACAAUCUUUUAAUGAGUUUUAUCUACAGAUUCUGUGAGGAACAAGCAUCUUGGAAAGUGACCAUUGCUAAGUGAAACCUGACAGUCAAAAUCAGCAGCUUCUUCUCAACAUAGAAGAUCAGAAGAAUCUUUUUUUUUUUUUUUAAGCACUUGUUUUGUUCCUUUGUGGAAUUAGCACUUCAGUGUAUUGGUUUCACAUGUCAAGAUAACUUUUGCUUUAAAACAAAGCAAACCAUUACAGUACAGUAUUUUUGCCCAUAACCAAAACAACCCCUUUUAAAAGAGUUGGUCUUUGUUGAGCAUUAGAAAAAAGUCUUGCUAAAAGAAAACACUAACUCUGCUUUCACUAGAAUUCCAACCCCCCCCAUCAAUUCACAAGUUUUUUCUACUUUGUGCCUUGAACUUUGUGCACUUUGCAACCAUGUGACCAUGUUGUCAAACUCAGAAAUGUUUUCUGGAGUUUAUGGUAUCCCAGACUGACCCGCCAAAAUGUAAGGUGUGACUUUGUAGCAGGAUGCUAGUUAAGUGGGAAAAUAGAAACAUGUUGCACAUUGGUCAGAAUUCCUCCUGCUUCACCAGGGCACAUUCAUGUUAAUGUUAGGGACCAACUCUCGUAGAGCAUUUCCAUUCUCUCUGUUGCUUAACAUGAUUUCACCAGCUGCUGUAGUAUUGGCAGUACUCUAGUUUAAGGGUGGGUGGUACUUUAGCCCUAAAGCACCCCUUUUAAUAUUGUUGUGAAUUAUCCAACAGUAGGAGCUACUUCCUGUGUCUCUCUAGGAAGCAGAUAUAGUUAUUAAAUCCAAAUAUAAUCAGUGGUUUGGGGUUCCUGAUUCAUUUCAUUUUCAAUGGGUGAGAUAAGUACUUAUAAUGUUUAAAAGAUGCCGACUUCUUUUUAUUUGAGUGUAAUAGGGAAGAAGUAGCACUGCUCUUUUAAGUGUCCCUUCCAGUGGUGGCAAAGCUGUAUUUUCUGCUUCUCCACAACCGCAAAGCUGUUUAGUUCUGCAUAAAAGUCUCUGAAGCUUAUUCUUGUUUUUGAAAUGCAGGUUUUUCAUAGAGCUGCCUGUGCAAGUUCAGUUUAUCCUUUCUUGGGGAGUGGGAUGGGUGGGAGAGUUGGAAGUGGGAUCUUGGGAGCAAGUAAGUUAUCUAAACGUAGAAGUCCUUGAUUUGCAAAAUUAUUAUAUAGAGAAGUAAAAGUAAAGGUUGUCAGACUUUUUUUUAAACACUUAUCAACCAGAGUUGGUAGAUUUUGUGGAGGACUUUAAUUGGACUCAGUUAACUCUGUGAGCAUCUUGUUUGCAUUGAUGAACACUGAAUUACUGUAAGAACAUAUACAGGCUGUCACUAUGACCUAUACAGUUUGAUUUGCUAUACCAGUAACAUUCUGUUAUCAAAGAAGAAUUCCAAUUUAUCAUGAGGUCCAAAUUGGAUGCUUGCUGCAGGCUUACGAAUAACACCUGGAACUGAAGUCUCUCCUGAGUGAUUUUAAUAUUUGUGAAAGGAAUAAAAUUGGGAUGUUUCUUUAAAUUUAGAUGAAUUCUUCAGUAUCCUAGUAAUAUACCCAAAUUCUUUUUCUGGUUGAGAACAUUCUGUUUUGGCCAACAACAGAAUAAUUUUCCCUAUGAAAACAUUUAUUAUGAUGUGAAUUGGCAUUAAAAUCUUUGGAUGUUUUUGCAUUAUUAAGUUAAUGGAGAAAUAUUUUAUAUUCUUUUUAUUAUUGUGUAUGUGUUAACAAAAAGUGGGUAAAGUUUGCAAAAUUUAGUUUCUCUAAAUUUUUGCACAGUGACUGCAAGGUCAGGGCUUGGUACUGCAGAGCCAUGACUGGAAGGCCCUGUAGGAAGGGUGUACACAUUCUCCCAGUGCUUGUGUCCUGGUUGUUACUCAUCUUGGCCCCUUGAGGUAAAAUGUAGUAUAAAGAACCUAUUUAUUUUAAGUCAAAAUUCAUUUUGCUUAUUUAUUGGGAUUCUUGGCAAAAUUUUUAGUUUGUAACAUGAGAAGAAAUAAAAUUCAUCCCCCCUCCCCAUUUUGUAUCAACUAAGUACUGUGUGCCAGAAAGUAUUUUCUUCUCAUGUUUACUUGUAUCCUUCUUGCCAGUACAGUAUACAGUUUUUCCACCUGAAUUAAAUACUGGCUUUUGUAUCAGAUCAUCUUUGAAGGCCCGAAUCUUCGAAGACAAAAAAUUAUACAUGCAGGUUGAUUGUCUGGUUAAUAAACACAUGCAGUUGAUUUGGCUCAACUAACUGGGAUGUGUGUGCAGCCUGAAAUCAGACCCUUAAAAAGAAAGCCAGGUCAGUCAUCUUGAAAUAAUGACAGGUAAAAGUAAAUAGAUGAUCAUUGUUUUGAGAGAAGGUAUGUAUUUUAAAGGUUGGCCUUUAGCUUCAGUAACUGUCAUUUCAUGACCUCUGUUAUCACAGUUGUACCCUAACCUGGCAGGAAUUAGUUCUUUGUUUUCUUUGGUGGAGAAAGCAAAACCAGGUGUCAUGACCCAUAGCCUGAUAGUUCUUAGGCAGAGUUAGUAAGAAGAAACACAUGGAUUCAUGAGUUGUGCAUUAGUAAAUUUUGUGGAAAAGUUACUUUUUUUUCUGUUCCUUUUACAAAUUGCAGCAGUUACCCUCCCUUUCUUUGGGGUCUAGGAUGAAAGCUAACUUGUGGGUAGAUGAGAUUGCAGAAGAAUAGAUGCCCUUGGCCGUGAACACUGCACAUGCAUCUCUAGUGCUCAGACCUGUACCAUGGCCACUCUCCUUGCUGUCUGCCAUGCUUUCUGUUGGGUUGCAAAUUUGCACACAUAGAUAAUUCCUCAGGAAGAGUUUGCACUUGCAUCACCUUGCAAUAGUGUGUACUGACCAAACAAGGGAUUUGAGAGUUUUUCAGCACAAAAGGAUAACUUUAGAGUGGUGGUCUGUACAUGUUACUAGCAAAGGUAAUGGUGAUCUAUCUAGCAAACAAAAUUGGUUUCUGCAGUUAUAAAGUGAGCAGGAGCACUUGUAUCAUAGUAUUUAAAUAAUCCUGUUUAAUCUCCCUUUUAAACAGAGUUAACCCUUCCAGAUUUUGUCUUCUUCUUAUUGAGGCUGGCUGUAUUUUCUUCUGGUUUUUUUUUUUUCAUGGUAUAGCAGAUAAUUAUUUCUGUGAUUAUUAUGCAAGAGACAUUGCCCUUGAACUAAAAAUCAGUUUUUAAAUAAGCAGCUAUUAUUAAAAUAACUGAACAUUGUUUUAUGAAUAUAUACUAAUCUAAGAUAUUAAAAAACUUACAACUAAAAGGCAAAACAAAAAACCUACAUUAACUAUCCAAGCAUUGUUUGGAUGUUGUGAGUUGAUUUUUUUAUGGUGUCUCAUUGAGCUUUUUAGCUUGGAAUAUUAUGUUUACUUUAAUCCAAUUCUAGGCCUCUUAAAGGGACAUUAAAAUUCUAGGUCAGAGUAUGAAUACCUUGAUUGACACCUAUUAUAAGAGGUUUAUAGGACCCUUUUGGUUGUGAUUACUGCUUUCAGUGAGAUUGUGUAAGAUGAAGUUUACUUUCAUCAGAAAUUAAAAUGGUCAUAGGAGUUCAUGGAGAAAUGACUCUCCUACUACUUUCAUUACCUGGCCACUAGAGUAUAUGAAAGGAGCCCUGUUCUUUUCCAAGGGAAAUGAUUCCUCUUCUAUACCCACUAUUAAUGAAUUAAAGUCACUGGCACCUUCCCUCCUACACUGGCCGAGAGACCCUAUUUUGAAACCUCUUUUCCAGAGGCAUGAGAACAUACACUAUUUCUGCUUAUGUUGAUGGAGUGUCUGUGGGAAAAUUGAAAGAAAGUGCUAAUCAGAGAUCCAUUCUUAUAGAACCCUACCAUAUAUUGCAACCCUGCUGGUUGGAAAUUAUCUUCAUUUCUGGUUGGACUGCAUUGUUUAGAAAAAUGUUAAUGGCUUACAAUUCCGGGAAAUUUAUAGUGUGGCUCUGAGGUUAAGAAUUCUGUGGUUUGGAAAAAAAUAAAUAUUUUGUAUUGAUUUUCACAUGUAUUUUAAUGUUGUGACUAUGUACUAAAUGCAAUAAGACUGUGGAUAUUCUCUUAGAAGGGUGUGUUUUGUUAAACAGAUGGCAAUUUACUUACUCUCAUUAGUCCUAUUAAUAUUACAGCUGUGCAAUUCAGGAAGAAUUAUUCAAAUGUGAGGUUGUGGGGAGUUAUAGCUAGAAACAGGAAUGCUGAUGAAUAAUUUGGAGGUCAAGUGCAGGCAAGAGGCUUCUGCCACCUACCAGCACAGCCAGAGCAGGGAUGAAUAAAUUAAGUCUAGUCCCUGGUGGUGCUUGUUUGUCAAAAGGCAUGGUGGGCUCAGAACAGGGUAUACUGUACAUCAACUCUUUUAUUAAUCCAAGAAAAACAAAACGGUGGAUGAAACCCUUACUGACCUGGGAUACAAAGCCACUGACUUUGGCUCUGACCUUUAACUCUUGGCAGAUUUUGAAUUGCUCUUUCUGUAUUAGAGUGUAUACUAUCACUCUAAAACAUUGUGGUUUAUGAAAUAAAUCUUGUACAGAUGUC